AAAGAUCGUCGCCGGCGCCGCGUUCUAACCUACAUUCGCCGUUCCGCAAAAGGGGUGUGUACCCUUUUCGAUUUUCUAGUCCUUGCGUGAUGUGAGUGGUUAGUGUCCAAUCCUGGGGAUUUCCCAUUAACGGUCCUUGUAUGACUCGGGUGGAAAGCCAUCUAGAUGACGCUAUCCUGUUAUGACAUGUUCUGCGUCAAUUUUGCAAAGGCAUUAUGCACUGAAGUUUACGAUAUGCAGAUCAGUGAGGCGGCAGGCGGAGCCCCUGCACCUGGGGCAGAACCUUGUCGAUUUCCGAAGCUGGAAGAAUGUGCUCAUUUCCAUUACGAAAGAGUGCAGCUGCCCCAAUUGAGUGUCACCCUUCAGACCAACAUGGACCAGUCGCUCCACUCUCAACAUACUAAUGAAGAUACCGACAUCGAAUGGUUCAUGGUCCAAGUAACAUCGGGUGACGCUUGCUGGAUUAUUCAGAGGAAUUUCGAAAACUUUAAGAUGCUUGACGAUCAACUGCAUCAGUGCAUAUUCGAUAGAAAGAUUUCUCAGCUCCAGGAUCUCUCUACUCAAUCACCGAAUGAUGAAGAUCUCGAGAAUAAACUCAUUCUCUAUUUGGAACGAUUCAGUCAAAUCGCCGAUAACUCAGUCAACUGUGGGCCAGUCUUAAACUGGCUUCAAAUGGAUAACAAAGGUCAUAGGUUGCUAGUACCGAGUGAAGAGAGCAGAUCGAUCAAUACUCCUGCCGUCGCUGCAGCCUACAGCGUCCGACGAUACGUCUCGCAGGCUCGAGAUGAAUUGAACUUAGAAGUGGGAGACAUGAUUUCCGUUAUCGACAUGGCCAGUCCUGGGGAGUCUAUGUGGUGGAGAGGUAAACGGGGUUUCCAGGUUGGAUUUUUUCCACAGCACUGUGUUCAUAUCAUCGGUGAUAAGGUGCCCCGAAAUAUGCCACUACCUCCUCCUGUUGUAGGGUCGUUAGCAUUAACCCCGAUUAAACCCGUGUUGAGGAAACACGGCAAAUUGAUCACGUUCUUUAGGAGUUUUAUUUUGAACAGGCCAUCUCGAAGAAGGCUCAAGCAAUCGGGAAUAUUGAAGGAGAGGGUAUUCGGAUGCGACCUAGGAGAACAUCUCUUGAACUCCGGCAACGAUAUUCCGAUGGUACUCAAGUGUUGUGCGGAGUUUAUUGAGACAAAUGGUAUCGUUGAUGGGAUUUACAGAUUGUCUGGAGUUACGUCUAAUAUUUCGAAGUUGAGGAAUGCAUUUGAUGAGGACAGGAUACCAAAUUUAUAUACAGAGGAUAUUUUACAGGACAUUCACUCUGUUGCUUCGCUCUUGAAGAUGUAUUUCAGAACAUUGGAGUAUCUUAUGAGACACUUGGCUCGUGUGGCAAAGCACGGAACGAACACAGGGAUGACGACAAGAAAUGUUGCUAUAGUAUGGGCUCCAAAUUUGCUAAGGUGUGAAGCUCUUGAAGUAGGAGGUGUAGCUGCGCUACAAGGUGUGGGCGUUCAGGCAGUAGUCACGGAAUUUUUGAUUUGCUAUGCUGAUCUCAUCUUUUGUGAUCAUCUACCAAGUUUAGACCAUCCUUUAGUUAUAUCUGAAAACAUGCUGAUGAAAAAAUGCCGACCAAACAGUCUAGCCAUCUCGACACCUACGAAGUUGAUAACCCUGGAAGAGGCUAGGAGCAAACAUUUGCCAAAUAAGACAGAAGAAUGCAAUUAUAUAGAAGUUGGUGGAGGACCGAAGAAUCUACCUAAGAAAUAUCAUACCAUCUUGGAAUUGCCCUCAGCGGUUGCACGAAAAAGAGCUCAUACAAAGAGGUCUCCUUUAGGAUGGGGAUUAUUCUUCUCGAAAUCCAGAAACUCUACCCAGACUAACUUGCCGAAGAACAGAAAAGCUUCCACCCCCAUUACCAUAAAUGAAAAAUCCAUUACCGAAUCUGAUUUAACUGACAUGAAACGUAAACUCCGAACUGUAAAGUCUGCUGACAGCCUAACGUCGGGCCACUCAGAGCCAGCAAGUACAGAAGACAUUUUAGGUCCUUUGCACUCACUCAUGAAACCCCCAGGUCACAAUAGGUCCGUAUCGCAUGAUUCUUACUUUGACAUGUUACAAAAUUCGCAGAACAACUCUGAAGGUUCUCUUUUGGAUUUGAGUGAAAUACAACUGAACUUCGAAUUAGAAGAAUCUGAAAUGAGAAUAUUCUCUGAGGAUGAGAGCUUGGUCAGUUCUCCAAGGAUACACAAAGAGACUCAAAAACGAAUACUCACACGAGCAAGACCUGAGGAAUAUAACAGUGCUGCAAACUCUAGUAAUCCCUCUCCGAAAAAGCAGCCUCGCGUCAUUAUGUCACCUGAAUCUCAGUCACGGAAACGAACCAGACUUGAAGAUCAACUUUCUGAUAUUCAAUACAUUGACUGCAAUACUCCUGAUAAUGUAGUGUCAACUACGGCUGUGAUUCAUUCUUUUCCCGAAAGCCCAAUUGUACAAAAAAGUAAACAGUUGUUCGAAUCAUAUCAGCCCAAAAAUAAAUCUCCAAGGAAUUCUGAUAACAUGGACAAACGACAAUCACUGAACUUGGAAGCGACUCCCAAACCAAUUAUUCCAAAAUCUCUCACUGAGAUCGACAUGGACCAGAAAUGUUUAAGGCCUACCAGUCUUGUCACAACAUCUACUCCGUGUUCACCAGAUUAUAAACAGUUAGGCGAAAGUAGUGCCAACACUACCCCAGGAGCUUCCUCUACGUAUGACAGUUCUCCCACUGAAGGUACUCACCAGCACCUUAUACAAAAUGAGGCUGAAUCUUCUCACAAAACUACUUCUCCAAAUACUCCAAACUAUGAAAAUAUCCUAACGACAAUAAAUAUCAUUUACAAGUCUCCACCACGAAGUCUAGCCACAUCACCUGUCAAAAGUCCAACGACAAAUAUCUAUGAAAACGUCAUUUUAAACCCGGAAAAGGUCACAAUACCAACUUCUACUGCUUCGCUACCAAUCCAAGAAGCUAGUCAACCGAAUUUAACUGCAAACACGAACUUUCCUGAAGCGCAGUCUGGCGAACGUCCUAAAAGCCUGAGCGCAUUAGAAGAUAUCACAUCCAACAAAGAUUCGACAAUAAAAGCUAAUCUCAGUUCCAGUGCAAUUUGCAAUACUAGCGAGCAGUUGUCACUCGGCAGCUUUAGCGAUCAAAAAACCUUUAGUUCUAAUCAGUCAUCUAGCUCUAAUAUCCAAUAUACAGCAAGUAUCAGCUCUGCGCCUUAUCAUUUCAUUGAAAAUUCGGAACAGUUGACCCCUACUGACCUGAGCCUCAGUGAAGUUGUAGAAAGCUCGACUGAAAACCUAUCUACUAGUCAUACAUCGCUCAGUUCUCCGAUAAGCCCUUCAAAAAACAGUCUCAGUCCCAAUGUGAGUCCGACACAGAUCUACGAUUGUUCCUCACAGGAACUUAUAACUCCUAUCAGCCCAACAGAUACACAAGUUACCAGCGACGGUUUGAGUACUGAGAAUCUUGGCAAACAACAUAUCAAAGCAGAAUGUUGGCCAUGUGAACAACCAGUCAAUGAAAAUCAUGCAGAUUUGAGUCCUAUAGAAAGUAUACCUGAAUCAGUGUCAAGUCCCAGUAGAUCUAUUAAUAGUGACAAAAGAAAAUCUGACGAAACUGAGUGUUUGGAUGACUCUGCCAUCUACCAGCAAGUGAAAUAUUUCAGAAGAUCGAUUCAUGAGGUCAACGCUCUACUAGACCUCGAAAACGGUUUAGCAACGUCCGAGGAGGAUAAUGACUGUACUGAGAAUGUUUAUGAAGAUAUCCUGGUUAAGAAUGGUGUAGUCAGAGUAAGAGAUGAUUCUGAAGUUACUUCAAUCCCAAAACAAGAAAUUGGUGAGGGAAGUAAUAUUCAAACUGAAAGAGAGGUGAUUGAAGAAAAUUAUGAUUCUUUAGAACCACAGAUUUCUCAUGUCUAUGAGAACAUUGAUGGUGAAAAUUUGCGUAACGGAAUGAUAUAUGAAAAUGUACAAAUUGACGAGGAAAAGACUGAUAGUCCUAUCCAAAACAGUGGAGCUUCAUGCAAAAUUGAAGUGGAAAGUAGUCCACAAACCAUAUGUGAAAUACAAUGUAAUAAAGAAGAAUCGGUAGCUAUCGAAAAACAUGAACAUGUUGUGUCUAGUGAGAAACCAGUAUUACCUAUAGAUGUAGAGAAAAUAGACUCGAGUGAAAAUGAGAAUAGUACAAAUAAAAGAAGUAGUUCUAAGUUGAAGAAAUUUUAUGAAAAAGACAGUUUGCCGCCUUGCUUAAGAGCUAGGAAUCUCAAGCAUCAAUUGAAAACCCGAUCCCUGGAUGAAGAAGAAUUUCAAAAAGAAUUAGGUAGUAAUGUAGGUCGGCACAGAAUAUCUUAUGACGAAACCUUGGGCCACAAAACGAAUUCUCUGCCAAAGACUCUGAAUCAACCGAAAUCUUUACCAGACGAUGAUGGAAGAGUGAACUCCAUCCAUCUCGCCCACAGUACAGAAAAUAUUCGAAAUAACUUGACUGAGGAAGAGGAACAGAAAAAAAGAGAACGAAUAGACAGAUAUAAAGAAGAGAGGCGACGAAUAUUACAGGAUAAAUACAGAACUGAAUCUUUUAAAGAAGAUAAGGAGGUGCUUCUCACACGUUUGAGGAUAUUCAAGCAAAAAGAGGAAACUGCUGAACUGCCAAAACCGGUUGAGUUAGAACGACCACCACGCUGUCGAAGAAGAAGUUCACGUAGUGAAGAUGGUGAAAAUCAAGAGUCUUCUUCCAAAGUAGAAGAACCUACGAAUACAAAAGCAAUAAUAAGUUCUGCUGCAAUCAAAGAUGACCCUAUUGCGACAGAAAUUUUCAAAAAGGACAUCAAACCAAUGAAGGAAAGUUUGAAGUCUCGGGCAGCAAUUUUUGAACAAAAUAGUCAGAAACCUCAACCGCCGACUACUCUCAUUAUAAACAAAAAUAGAUCUUCAUUUAGAGAUAUGACAAAACAGACUGAUUCGAAUGCCAAAAAUUUUCAAGAUACUCGUGAGAAAAUUCAUGGUAGGAUAGAUAAAAAAGAAAGUCUCGAUGACUUGAAAGACUUGGAUUUCAUAAGAAAUAAGAAGGAUAGUGAAUUUAUGAGAGAGGAAAGAAGGAGACACACUUUUGAUAGUAGAGAAAGGGAAUCGGAGGCAGAAAGGUUGAGGAGGAUCAGCUUGGAAAACAGAAGUCCAAGGUACAGAUUUUGUAUGAUACGUAAAUAUAUUACCAUUGGUUUUUCAUUAGAAAAUAUUGUAAAAGUAAUGCAACUAAACUCCAUAAAAAUAUCUAGUUUUUGUAAAUAUACCUUUUAG